UUCCGCCCUGCGCUGCGGGCUGCAUGCGGGGGCUGCCCGCCCCCCGCCCGGCCCAACGCCCGCCGCGGGCUGCGCCCGGGAGAGCAGGAGCGGACCUGGGUCGCAGAGCUGCCUGCUGCCUCCCGGCUCAGAUCGCUGCCCGCAGCGGAGCAGGCAGUCGGGGGCGACCCGGCCCGGGCUGGAGGGGUCUUCGUGUGCCGUGGGCAGCCGCCGGUGUCACGUCCGGAGCCAGCGUAGCGGGAGGAGAAGGUGAAGGAUGGACUCUCUAGACCAUAUGCUGACGGACCCACUGCUAGGACCCUGUGGAGAAGGAAAUGGCACACGGAUCAUGGAGGACUGCAUGCUGGGUACCACCAGGGUUAGCCUGCCUGAGGACCUCCUGGAGGAUCCUGAGAUCUUCUUUGAGGUCGUCAGCUUGUCUACCUGGCAGGAGGUGCUGACAGAUGCCCAACAAGACCACCUGAAGAAAUUCCUGCCUCACUUCCCUGACAACAACCGAGAGCAGCAGAACAAACUCAUCCUGGCCUUGUUCAGCGGCGAAAACUUCCGCUUUGGAAACCCUCUGCACAUCGCCCAGAAGCUCUUUCGGGAUGGACACUUCAACCCUGAGGUGGUGAAGUACCGGCAGCUGUGCUUGAAGUCGCAGUACAAGCGCUACCUGAGCUCUCAGCAGCAGUACUUCUACCGCCUGCUCAAGCAGAUCCUCGCUUCCCGCAACCACUUGCUGGAUUUAGCUAGGAAAGGAGGCCCUGAUAUGACCCUGAGGAGAAGGCACUUCCCACCUGUGUAUGACACUGAGGAACGAGACAGGCGAACGCAUCGGCGCUACCUGAAGAUUCUGAGGGAAGUGAAGGAGGAGUGUGGAGAUACCACCUUGUCUUCUGAUGAGGAAGAUCUGAGUGCCUGGCCUCCUACUUCUCCAUCACGUUGUCCAAGUCCACCAGUUCCCCUGAGAGUGAUCCCCACAUUGUCAACCACGGACAUGAAAACCGCAGACAGGAUAGAGCUUGGAGAGAGUGAUUUAAAGAUGAUGUUGAGGAAGCACCACGAGAAACGAAAGCGCCAACCUGACCACCCAGAUCUAGUGACAACAGAUGUGACUCUUGAGGACAUUAUGACUCGAGUCAAUGCUGGCAGGAAAGGUUCUUUAGCAGCUUUGUUUGACCUUGCAACCACCAAGAAAAAGGUGAAGGAGAAGGAAGAUAAGAAGAAAAAAAAGCUGAAGAUGGUUAAAUCCGAGGUGGAAGAUUUGGCUGACUCUCUUGGCAACGCAGAUGGAAUCCCAGCGCUCUCUCAGGGUCCCUCCCCCAUCCCUCUGUCAUCUAUCAAAGAAGAACCUCUGGAGGACAUGAAGCCCUGCCUUGGAAUAAAUGAAAUAUCUUCCAGCUUCUUCUUCCUGCUUUUGGAGAUACUGUAUUUGGAAGGACCUGCUACUCUCUCUGUGCUUGAAGAUAAAAUUCUAGAUUGGCAAUCUUCUCCUGCCAGUGCACUAAACACCUGGUUCUCCUUUGUCCCUAACUGGUCUGAACUGGUUUUACCUGCCCUGCAGUACUUGACAGGUGACAGCAGAGAUGUUCCUUCCAGCUUCUCACCUUUUGUUGAAUUCAAGGAAAAAAGUCAGCAGUGGAAAUUGCUUGGUUCCUGCCAAGAUCAUGAGAAGGAAUUGGCAGCACUGUUUCAGCUCUGGUUGGAGACCAAGGACCAGGCUUUUUUCAAAGAAAAUGAAGACAGCUCAGAUGCCACAACACCAAUUCCCAGAGUGAGGACUGACUACGUGGUGCGACCGAGCACUGGAGAGGAGAAGCGUGUGUUUCAGGAGCAGGAGCGGUACCGCUACAGCCAGCCCCACAAAGCCUUCACCUUCCGCAUGCACGGCUUCGAGUCGGUGGUGGGCCCCGUGAAGGGGGUGUUUGACAAGGAGACCUCCCUCAACAAGGCCCGGGAGCACUCCCUGCUGCGCUCGGACAGGCCAGCCUACGUCACCAUCCUGUCCCUCGUCCGUGACGCUGCUGCUCGCCUUCCCAAUGGAGAGGGAACUCGUGCUGAGAUCUGUGAGCUGCUUAAAGACUCCCAGUUCCUAGCUCCUGAUGUCACAAGUGCUCAGGUGAACACUGUUGUCAGUGGUGCUCUGGAUCGGCUGCACUACGAGAAAGAUCCCUGUGUGAAAUACGACAUCGGACGCAAGCUGUGGAUCUACUUGCACCGGGACAGGAGCGAGGAAGAGUUUGAACGGAUUCACCAGGCUCAAGCUGCUGCGGUGAAGGCCAAGAAAGGUCAUGGGCAGAAGCCGAAACCCCCAGCCAAAACGAAGUCCAGCAGCAAGGAGAGUGCUGCCAAAGCUCUCCCCAGCAGCACGACAGAGCCCAGCCAGCCGAGCCUUAGUGACUCCAGCAAGCCCCCAACACCUGUGACUCCUGUGACACCCACUGCACCAGCAUUACCAGCAACUCCUAUUUCACCCCCACCAGUGCCAGUGGUUAGCAAGAGUGUAUCCAGUGCUGCAACAGAGCCAGCAAAGCCCAGCCAGAGUGUUCUCCUGGUGUCCUCUCCUACCAUGCCACAGCUGGGGACGUUGCUUUCCACAGCCCAGAGCUCACAGACACAGGCAGGGCAGCAGCCAGCUCCCAGCAGGGUGGUAAGUCACACCACCUCCUCAGGACUGCCACAGGUCCGGGUGGUCACUGCCCAGUCCAGCCUGCCAGCUGUGUCCCAGCAAGCCCCAGUGGCAACCCAGCAGCAGCAGCAGCAACCUACAUCAGUGCCUCAAAUCCGUGUCCCAGCUACAGCCACCCAAAGCAAAGUGCUCCCUCAGGCUGUGAUGACUCUGCCAGUGAAAGCCCAAACCAGCCCAGUGCAGGUGCAAAGACCAGGAAGCUCUGUGACAGGACAGACAGGCAUCAGUGUGGCAGGGCUGUCUGCAGCUCCCAGUCCUGCUGUAAAGCCAGUCACCAGCUCUCCAGGCAGCUCUGCUCCAAGCACCUCCUCUACCACUGUCAUCCAGAAUGUGGCUGGCCAGAACAUCAUCAAGCAGGUGGCUAUUACAGGACAGCUUGGCAUGAAGACCCAGCCUGGGAGCAGCAUCCCACUGACAGCCACCAAUUUUAGGAUCCAAGGCAAGGACGUGCUGCGCCUGCCGCCCUCCUCCAUCACCACCGACGCCAAGGGGCAGACGGUGCUGAGGAUCACCCCAGACAUGAUGGCCACCCUGGCCAAGUCUCAAGUCACUACUGUCAAGCUGACCCAGGACCUCUUUACAGCAGCUGCAGGAAGCAGUGGUAGUGGGAAGGGCAUCUCUGCCACUUUGCAUGUGACAUCCAACCCUGUCCAGACCGCUGAUUCUCCGGCCAAGACCAGCAUGGCCACCUCUGCCUCCUCCAGCCCAGCUGGCAGCACAGUGGUGAAAGUGACUCCUGACUUGAAGACUGCAGAGCCAACAAGCUCUGCCUUUCGCCUGAUGCCUGCUCUGGGCAUGACAGUGGCAGAUCAGAAGAGCAAGGCCAUAACUACAGUGGCAUCCACUGAGGCCAAGCCAGCUGCCACCAUAAGAAUCGUGCAGGGGCUGGGGGUGAUGCCACCCAAAGCUGGGCAGACCAUUACAGUGGCAACUCACGCCAAGCAAGUGCCCUCUUCCUCAGCAGUGAGCGUGCCUGGCACAGGCCACACCUCGUCUGUCUCCUUGCCAACUGUCAGUGCCACAGUGUCCAAGGCAGUGGCUGUGGCCUCGGGGGCUGCAGGGACUCCUAUCACCAUAGGCACCGGAGCCUCUGCCGUGCGGCAGGUGCCCGUCAGCACCACCAUGGUGUCCACGACCCAGGCAGGUAAACUCCCAGCAAGAAUAACAGUGCCUCUGUCAGUGAUCAGCCAGCCAGUGAAAGGCAAGAGCGUGGUGACUGCCCCCAUCAUCAAGGGCAACCUCGGGGCCAACAUCAGUGGCUUAGGUAGAAACAUCAUCCUGACUACCAUGCCAGCAGGGACGAAACUGAUUGCUGGGAACAAGCCAGUGAGCUUCCUGACUGCACAGCAACUGCAGCAGCUGCAGCAGCAGGGCCAGGCCACACAGGUGAGAAUUCAGACAGUCCCAGCCUCCCACCUCCAGCAGGGCACUGUGUCUGGCUCCACCAAAGCUGUCUCCACUGUGGUUGUGACAACAGCUCCAUCUCCAAAACAGACUCAGGAUCAGCUUUGAACAUCGGCUGGGAAAUUGAUUAGGUUCCAAGAACUUCCCUCGGAGUCUGUGGUCAUCCUCCACCCAACACCAGCUAACCACAGGCAUGGCUGGGGAUUGGCCUGGAUUCUGUCCCAUUGCUUGUCUGGAGGCAGUGUUGUGAUGUCUAGGUAGAAAUUCCACAGCAAACCAAAACGUUUGCAGUCCAGAUGUGUACAGGCCAAGUUCUGUGGCAUUGGUCACUUAAAUGUCUUCCUUUCCUUUGUUCUUUUCCCAUCCAAAGGGCUUUUGGCCAAGAUUUCUGUGCAUUUUGGGUUAGAGGCAAAGCAGCUGAUCUUGGGGCUUCCUUAACCAGAGGAACCUGCUUGGAAGAGGUAAUUCAGACAUCUCAGAGUCCUGAAGACUCUUCUUGCUGCAUCUAGCUGUCGCUGCUUAGCGCGGUGGCUCGGACACCAGAGUUUGUCAUGUAGCCUUGGCAGCAGAGCCCUGACACAUCCAGUGUACUAUUUAUAGAGAGUUUUUACCCCCCUCUCCUCACCUCUGAGCUCAGACUCCCUUUGAACAGAGCCUGCUCCCAUAUGAAGGUUCUGACAGGGGCAGGAUGAGAGUCAAGACGGUUUUUGCUGUAAAGAAGCAAGUGACCACGGGGAGGAGAAAAGGAGGAGCCACAGAGUCAGUGUGUGAGCAGGUCUGGCAGCAAGUGGGACGCUUACUGGACAGGGAAAUGUUCACCAGAAGGAUCCUCCUUUAGUUUUCCUUGACAAAUAAAACCUUUUUAUCAGAUUGUAACUGGUUUUAAAAGCUUGGAGUGCUUUGGUUCCAAAUCCAUCCAAGCUGUAGCAUCACGGAGGGAGCAGAAGUAUUUUAACCACCAUCCUGGCCUUUAGUUAGGUUUUUACCUGGGCAAUUUUAUCACUCUGUGGAAAUUUGUUGGAAUUUUGGCUGUGAUUUCCUGGCUGUUCUGACCUUGAAGCUUUCUCAGAAGGAGAGCAGCAGACCUGUUGGACCAGGAGAAGAAUAAAAGUGCAGAAAGGCCUCCCAGA